AUGCUCGGAGUUUCCUACGAAGAUGUCGGAGAACAAUUGGCAGGAGUGGAAUCCCGGAAAAGAAAAAUAUUGGCUUGUAUUGGUUUGGCAUUGGCGGGAAAAGCACGAAGCCAGAAAACACAAUCGAAAAUGGAUAUAUGCAGAACGGAAAAAGGAAAGAGAACAGAGAAGUGA